CCUGAAAUACCAUUACCCGAGUGACAUAAAGAACAUUUAUAACCGGGAAAGUGCCGAGCGAUGCCACGGCCGACGCGCGAAUCCUACGGUGACCAAAAACCGCCUUUCUCCUACAUAGCCCUAACCGCCAUGGCGAUUUGGAGCUCGCCGGAACGGAUGCUCCCGCUGUCGGAAAUCUACAGGUUUAUCACGGAUCGGUUUCCAUAUUACAGAAGAAAUACACAAAGGUGGCAGAACUCGCUGCGUCACAAUCUCUCCUUCAAUGAUUGCUUCGUGAAAGUGCCUCGUCGCCCGGACAGGCCGGGCAAAGGAGCCUACUGGACGUUGCACCCGCAAGCCUUCGACAUGUUUGAAAAUGGAUCGCUGCUACGGCGUAGAAAGCGCUUUAAGCUGCAUAAAGGAGAAAAGGAUAGUCUAAACGCAGAGUUGGCGGCGCUGGCGAGCUUUAACAGAGCUUUCUUAGCGCGGCAGGCGACUACCGCGCCUAGUAUGUCUGGGGGAAUAUAUGCGCCGGCGGUCACGUUGUGUCCGAGACUAAGCCCAGAACCAGAGGCCCCAGACACGGCGGCACUGCUGCCUGCAGGUCCCAGACCACGUCGAGCUUUUACCAUAGACGCAUUAUUAGAACCUGAACCGCGAAGAACGCCUUCUCCGCAAGCGGCGCAUCAGCAGCCUCACUGCCCCAUGCCGCUACCACCUCCGUAUAUUUUAGCUGCACAACGGUACCAUGCCGAGUUGCUAGCUGGUUUGCAGCAGUCAUGCUUACCGCCGCUCUGGACUUGGAGAGACACAAGCCAAUUUUCACAUUAUACGCUUAAUUCAUGAAUGGUAGGUACAUGAAUUAAGAAGAGAAGACGUGACGACAAUCUAGUUAUAAGAAACUUUAAAGGCAAAAUAUAUAACGCCUCAAUUAGACUGUGUUUAGUGAAUUAGUAAAUGUUAGUAGCGUGGAUGACAAUUUGAAGUUUACUGGAAAUUAUUGAAAUUACAUGCACUACAGAAACUUCUACAACUG